AUGGAGGAACAGCCUUUGUUCCCCAUCUUCUUUGACGACGACCAAAAGGUCAUGGCCCAGUCCGGCUCCUUCUCCGGCUACCGCCCCCAGAAGCAGCUUGGAAGCGACUAUUUGUCCGCGUCCGCCGAAGCCGACCAAACCUUUUGCCGAAACAUUGAGGGCUGGGGUCCCCUGAGCCCUUUCCGCUACGAUUUCACACCUUGCUUCCUCGAUGUCGGCGUCGCCAGCGUUGCCGUCUUUGGAAUCGUCGCUGGUGCGCUGGCCCUAUGGUGGCUGCUGGCCAAGAAGCCCUCCAACGGCCUGGCCAAGGACGGUACCUUUUGGAUUAAACAGUCGCUCUUCGGCCUCGUCAUUGCCGACUUUGUGGCUCAGUUUAUCAUCCAGGUCACCAGCUUCCCAGACGUCUGGUUCCAGGAUUUCCGGCCUUGGACUACCGUCGUCACCAUCCUCUCGCUCGCCGUUGUCUUUGCCAUCCAGUGGGCUGAGCACCCGCGCCUGCGCAAUGCCAACGGUGUCGUGCUUUUCUACUGGCUGCUGCUUGUCCUGGCGCUGACCGUCAAGCUGCGCUCGCUCAUCUCGCAGCAGAUCUACAACACCAACCUGCCCUACUUUGUCACCUACUCCGUCGGCUUUGGCCUGACCAUUGCCGAGUUCCUCGUUGAGUGGCUCGCGCCCCACAAGCCCAGCGCCUACGAGGCUCUCGAGGACGGCGAGGAGUGCCCGGCCGAGUACGCCACCAUCUUCUCGCGCCUGACGUUCAGCUGGAUGACCCCACUCAUGCGCUACGGCUACAGCCAGUACCUGGUGGAGGAAGACCUCUGGGGCCUCGAGACCCAGGACCGCACCUCGCAGACGGGGAGCUCGUUUGAGAAGGCAUGGCAGCACGAGGUGGGGAAGAAGGCCCGUCCUUCGCUCUGGAUCGCCGCCUUCCGCGCCUACGGCGGGCCUUACACCAUGGCCGCCCUCUUCAAGAUUGGCAACGAUCUCUCGGCCUUUGCCCAGCCACAGCUGCUGCGCUUUCUCAUCGCCUUUGUCGCGUCCUACAAGACGCCCGAACCGCAGCCUGCCAUCCAGGGCGCUGUCAUCGCGUUUGCCAUGUUUGGCGUUGCUACCUUCCAGACCAUCAUGAUCCACCAGUACUUCCAGCUGACCUUCGUGUCGGGCAUGCGCAUCAAGGGCGGCCUGACCUCCUCCAUCUACCGCAAGGCCCUGAAGCUGUCCAACGAAGGCCGCUCUACCAAGACCACCGGCGACAUUGUCAACUACAUGGCCGUCGACGUCCAGCGUCUCCAGGACUUGACCCAGUUUGCUCACCAGCUGUGGUCUGCCCCCUUCCAGAUCUGCAUCUGCAUGUACUCGCUCUACCAGCUUGUCGGCUGGAACAUGCUGGCGGGUAUUGCCAUCAUGAUCGUCAUGAUUCCGCUCAACGGUCUCAUUGCCCGUGCCAUGAAGACCCUGCAGAAACAGCAGAUGAAGAACAAGGACGCUCGUAGCCGUCUCAUUGCCGAGAUCAUCAACAACAUGAAGAGCAUCAAGCUCUACGCAUGGGGCGCUGCCUUUAUGAACAAGCUCAACUACGUCCGCAACGAUCUCGAGCUCAAGAACCUGCGCCGCAUCGGCGCCACUCAGGCUGGUGCCACGUUCAUGUGGAACACGACGCCCUUCCUCGUGUCGUGCAUGACUUUCACGUCCUUUGUCCUGACCCGCGACGAGCCUCUGACCACGGGGAUCAUCUUCCCCGCACUGGCCCUGUUCAACCUGUUGUCCUUCCCGCUGGCUGUGCUGCCCAUGGUCAUCACCUCCAUUGUUGAGGCCAGUGUUGCCGUGGCCCGUCUGACGGAUUUCUUUUUGGCCGAAGAGGUCCAGUCCGACGCUGUUGUGACCCGCCCUGCCGCUCAGGAAAUCGGCGAGGAGUCCGUCUCGAUCCGUAAUGGCAACUUCUCGUGGAACCGCCACGAGGACAAGAACGUGCUCACCGACAUUACUUUCUCAGCCGACAAGGGUUCACUCACGUGCGUCAUCGGCCGCGUUGGUGCCGGCAAGUCCUCGCUUCUACAGAGCAUUCUGGGCGACUUGUACAAGGUCAACGGCGAGGUGCAGGUCGCCGGCACCGUAGCCUACGUCGCCCAGCAGAGUUGGAUUAUGAAUGCCACCGUCAAGGAGAACAUCGUCUUUGGCUACCGCUUCGAUGCCGAAUUCUACGACCAGACCGUCCGGGCCUGUGCGCUGAUCGACGACUUUGCCCAGCUGCCGGACGGUGACGAGACCGUCGUCGGGGAGCGCGGUAUCUCGCUGUCCGGCGGCCAAAAGGCCCGUGUCUCGCUUGCCCGUGCCGUCUACGCUCGCGCCGACGUGUACCUGCUCGAUGACUCGCUGUCUGCAGUCGACUCGCAUGUCGGCCGCCACCUGAUCAACAACGUCUUGGGCCCCAAGGGUCUCCUGCGCUCGAAGACGCGAAUUCUUGCUACCAACUCGAUUCCCGUCUUGCUCGAGUCCGACUCCAUCUACAUGCUGCGCGACGGCGAGAUUGUCGAGAAUGGAACCUACCGCCAGCUCGUUGCCAUGAAGGGCCUCGUUCACGACCUCAUCAAGACGGCCAACCAAUCUGAGUCGGGCCCGUCUUCGGCCGGUGCCACCGGCUCGUCCUCGAGCACCGAUUCGGAAAGCGAGACCUCGACUGUCAUUGACCCGGGCACCCCUCUCAAGGACGACGAAAUUGAAGAGGCGCAGGAGGGCCUCGCUGCCCUUCAGAGCAUCAAGCCCGGUCCAACGUCUACCUCGCCUAAGAAGGCGCGCACCGAGAGCAUGGCUACACUGCGCCGUGCCAGCGCGGCCAGCUUCCACGGGCCGCGCGGCAAGCUUACCGAUGAGGAGGCUGCUGGCAGCAAGACCAAGCAGGCCAAAGAGCACAGUGAGCAGGGCAAGGUCAAGUGGCAGGUGUACCUGGAAUACGCCAAGACCAACAACAUGUUCGCCGUUAUUGUCUAUCUUACCGCCCUGGUCUCGUCCCAGCUCGUCAGCCUGGGCGCCAACUACUGGCUGAAGAAGUGGGCAGACCACAACCUCAAGGACGGCACCAACUCGCAGGUCGGAAAGUACAUUGGCAUUUACUUUGCCUUUGGUAUCGGUUCGGCACUGCUGACCGUGGCGCAGACCCUCAUCCUCUGGAUCUUCUGCUCGAUUGAGGCCUCACGCAAGCUGCACGAGCGCAUGGCCAAGGCCAUUUUCCGCUCGCCCAUGUCCUUUUUCGACGUCACGCCCGCUGGCCGCAUUCUGAACCGUUUCUCGAGCGACAUUUACCGUGUUGACGAGGUUCUCGCGCGGACGUUCAAUAUGCUGUUUGUCAACUUGUCCCGCUCGGGCUUCACGCUCGGUGUGAUCUCUGUUACGACACCGGCGUUUGUGGCCCUGAUUGUUCCGCUCGGCCUGAUGUACGUCUUCAUCCAGCGCUACUACCUGUACACGUCCCGCGAACUCAAGCGGCUCGACAGCGUCUCGCGCUCCCCCAUCUACGCGCAUUUCCAGGAGUCCCUGGGCGGUGUGCAGACGAUUCGUGCGUACCGGCAGCAGCCGCGCUUCGAGCUGGAGAACGAGUGGCGCAUGGAUGCCAACCUGCGUGCCUUCUACCCGUCCAUCAGCUCCAACCGCUGGCUGGCGGUGCGCCUCGAGUUCAUCGGCGCCAUUGUCAUCCUGGCGGCCGCCGGCUUCGCGGUCAUCUCGGUUGCCAACCACAGCGGCCUGGAUGAAGGUAUGGUUGGUCUGGCCAUGUCGUACGCUCUGCAGAUCACGACGUCGCUGAACUGGAUCGUGCGCCAGUCGGUCGAGGUGGAGACCAACAUUGUCUCGGUGGAGCGCGUGCUCGAGUACGCGGCUCUGCCAAGCGAGGCGCCCGAGAUUAUCCACCGCAACCGCCCGCCAGUCAGCUGGCCGGCACACGGCGAGGUGGAGUUCCGCAACUACAGCGCACGCUACCGCGAGGGCUUGGACCUUGUCCUCAAGAACAUCAGCCUCGACAUCAAGCCGCAUGAAAAGAUUGGCGUCGUAGGCCGGACGGGCGCCGGCAAGUCGUCUCUGACGCUGGCGCUGUUCCGCAUCAUCGAGCCGGACACGGGCCACAUCCGGCUUGAUGAUCUCAACACAUCGACAAUCGGCCUGCUGGACCUACGGCGUCGGUUGGCGAUUAUCCCUCAGGAUGCAGCACUCUUCGAGGGCACAGUCCGUGACAACCUGGACCCGGCCCAUGUGCAUGACGACACGGAGCUUUGGACCGUUCUCGAGCACGCCCGUCUCAAGGACCAUGUGUCCUCCAUGGCCGGUGGCCUCGAGGCCAAGAUUAACGAAGGCGGUAAGUAG